CACCAGCAGCUCUCAUUACGUUCCAUGCAGGGUUAUGGAUGCUCACACCCUCCCCUGUGUGAUUUGGUCAAAGUUGCUUGGCUCCUGGCAGGGUUGGGAGAUGAAUGCAGACCUUGUUGCUUCCAAACUCCUCCUCCUCCUCUACUCGAGCACACUUUGCCUGGUCGUUGCUCCCUGUGGCCUAUCUACUAGGUUCCAAAUGCUUCCCACUGUACAGUGAUUUAUCACGCCGCUUAUCUGUGUAAUUUUCCUAAAAGAAACUUUGUGUCUGGUUUGUAUGGUUCCCAAUUCCUCAUAAGGCCUUUUUCCUCAGGGAUGUAGGUGAAAGCAAGACUUUCUUGUUCCUCAAAUGCUUUGCAUGUUUUAUUUUAUUGUUGUUUUUUUCCCGUUUUUUUCAACGUGUGCUCUGAAGCUGAAGCCAGUGUGGGGAGGUGUAUGUGUGCCUUGGUUGAUUCUUGCUCUCUUCAUCUAUUCGUGACCCCACUUGCAAGUAAGCAUGCUUUCCAUUGCCCCUGUAGCUAGCAAAAGGAGUCUCUGUGACAAGCAAAAGGGCUCAGACGAAGAACAGAUGCUUUAUGUAAGUCUAUAUAAGCUGCAAAGAGCUAUUUCUGAAGCAAUGCAGCUGGCAGAUUUCUCAGCUGGACUGUUCCUGUGGCUCUGUGGCUAGCUAUCAGUUUUGUUGUUCUUUGCUGUAUUUAAGAAAUUUUAUUUGUUGCUCUGGGACUAAAACAAAAAUAAAAUUGGGGGAAAAAAAAAAGGACAUUUUAAAAGAAAACUGUUCCACUUUGCAACCUCACAUCUACUUCAGCAGCAUGAAUAAAAGUGGGGCCAGAGAGGACCAGGCAAAGCCUCAGAAAGGCAUGACUGCAGCUGCCUCAUGGCUGGCACCUAACUGUUAUUAAAUCUGAGUGCAAAGAGUUUUUUCUUCACUUUCUCUUUUGACAUAAUCUUUUUUUCAGUUCAGAUUCGUGAGAUGUGGAGUGCUACAGUAUUUCCGGACUGUGAAGAUGGUUGUCAAGUGUUGUUAAACACAGGGAGUCCUUAGAGGAAGAGAGUCGGACGUAGCUAGAAAGUGUCUGUGUGAUUUGUUGCACUCUUUUCUGAGAAUGCUUGGAAAACUUACGCUUUCUGGGCAAAGAGAACUUCAUCUCUGGAAUGGCUUUCUCCCCCCUGCUGCCUUCCAAAAGGAUUUGCUGUGCAGUUAACUCUUCUGAUUGCUCAGCAUUUGCAAUUUCAGCUCAUUUAGACUUGUAAUAACAACACACUGCAUCCGAAUAAUAUUUGCUACACAGUACUCUGAUAGUACUAUUUGGGAGUAAUUCUGGGCUAGUCUAGUCCAGACUAGGGUCAACAGUACAGAGAAACAAGGGAUCAACAGAAACGAAAGAAUUGUUGGUAGAGGGGAGAUGUGCAGAAUCCCUUAACAUACCCUGGGCAUCCUGCCAUAAAAUGUCAAUGUUUCUGACACCAAUAAUAUACAAAAUAAAAGGGGGAUACCAAGCGUGGUGUGUGUGUGAGUGUGAGGGCGGGGACCUCUUGCAUUAAAAAAUUACUAUGAGGGGCAUCUGAGAGCUGACAUGUUUUGUAAAUCCCUGCUGUGACUUCACUUGGGUCAAUCUGUUUGCACAUUUCAACGUGAUGUGGCAUGUCCACAUAGCAAGCACCAAAUGACAAGGUGGACAGUGCAAACAUAGACCCUAGUGGCUUUUCCAAACAGAUCCUGUUUUUCUAGGUGUACUAAAGGUGUUGAUGGACAGAAAUGGAGACUCUGCUAAAACUUACUUUUCAGUAGCAUAAAUUGAGCUUUUAAUAGGUCUUUGCAUCUGCAAUUUUAUUAAAAUGUCAUUGGUGUACGUCUUGAAACCUCAGUUAGGAAAUCCACAAUAGAGUCACUUUGUCUCAGCAAACACAGACAUGCAGAUCUGGAGAAUCAGAAGAAGAAGAGAGCAGCUUUUACCUGGUAUCUCCAGUCCUCCUCCUUCCUUCACCUUAAAGCUGGGAACAAUGAGAUUGCUCCUGUAUCUACUCUUCCUAAUGAUGGUCAAGUCCUUGGGGAGCUUUAAUGUUGACACUGGCAAGACGUGGAUCACACCACACACAGCCUCUUUGUUGUGGCCCACGGUUCUUCAGCACUCGGAUGGGAACACAACCAUGAUUUUGGCUACUUCCUCAGUAGACAAGGGGCUGGGCAGGCUGAGGAAGUGCACUGUUUUGCAGGAGGAGAUCCAGUGCCAGGAGAUACCUCUGCGAGGAAAGAUUAAAGGCUCCAAAAGUGUCCAGGAUGGUGGCAUUGCUAUUGACAGGAAUUCAGAUUGGAUCCUGGCUUGCCUGCAGAAGAAGCACCGCCGAGCCUUCACCACUACUGAGGACAUGAAUGGAGUCUGUACUCUGCUCACCACUGACUUGCGCAGCACGGCUUUCCUCAACCUCACCAAGAUUGUUGAGACCAAAUUAAACAGCAUUCAAAAUAAAAACGGCAAAGAUGAGAUUACUGACACCAGCAGCUCGGUCAGCACAGACAACACCAGGAGUGCUUGUGGUGAGCUCUUUGGCAGCACAGGGAACAACCACAUGUGCAAAGAGCUGGGAACAGAGAUUGCUGUCAUUCUGGGUGGAUCAGAGAACACCAAGCCAGAUGAUUUCCAAAAUGCCAAGACGUCUAUCCUCAAUAUGAUGAAGUCAAUGUGGCAGAAAUGCUCAAAGAUCAGGUUUGCUGUGGUGCAGUAUGGAACACAGAUCCAAACUGAACUGAGCCUGCAAGAAAGCUGCAACAGACUAGCUGCUUUCUUCAAAGUCCAAAACAUCAAGCAGCAGAGCCCACGGACUGACAUCGCAGCCACACUGCAGCAUGUGUUGGAUAAAGUCUUUGACAGCCAUGACUCCAGCCGGACUGAUGACAAGAUAAUCAUUGUCAUGGCAUCUGGGCAGGUGUUUCUGGAAAACCAUAGAUUGAGAAAUGUGAUGAACUCCCUGGAAAUGGCUAUGGUCAAACUCUAUGCUCCUGGGAUUGGAGAGUUCAUAAGCAACCAGUGGGUCCCAGAAGAGCUGCAGAAAGUUAGAAGUGACUGGUUCGUGCUGUCCACAUAUGAAGAUUUUGACAGUUUCCUUUCGGAUUUGGAGAGAGAGACUCUGAGUGAUUCAGCUGAAAAUAUUCCAACUGAAGCACCAGAGCACAGAAAUACUAAUGACAGUGGUGACAGCAAGCUCCCUUCCUGGAUAGAGGAGGACAAAGAGGAGGAGGAGGAAAAUGGCUUGCCUUCUGGAACAGAGAUUGCUUUUAUUCUGGAUGGAUCAGGGAGCAUUGAGCCAGAGGAUUUUGAAAGAGCAAAAGCAUUCAUCCACAAGAUGAUGAAAACACUGUAUGAGAAGUGCUUUGAGUGUGACUUUGCAGUGGUACAGUAUGGGUUUGAAAUCAGAACUGAGUUUGACCUGCGAGAAAACUGGGAUCCUCGUGCCACCCUCCAGAAAGUACUUGAUAUUGUGCAGGUGUGCAGUGUGACAAAAACAGCAUCUGCCAUGCAGCAUGUCCUGGAUUCUAUCUUCACUGAAAGUCAUGGGUCCCGCAAGGAUGCAGCCAAGGUCAUGAUCGUGCUUACAGAUGGGGAAAUACUCUUGGAUGAAAUGAACUUGACAACAGUGAUAAAUUCACCCAAAAUGGCAGGAAUCAAGCGCUAUGCCAUUGGGGUGGGAGAUGCCUUCAAAAAAUCAAAGGCCCUAAAUGAAUUGCAGCUAAUUGCAUCUGGUCCAGAUGACACUAAUGUAUUUCAGGUGACCAAUUAUUCAGCAUUAGAUGGGCUGCUUUCAACCUUACAGCAGAAUAUUAUUGGUAUAGAAGGUAUACAGGGUGAUGCUCUGGAAUAUGAGCUUGCACAAGCUGGUUUCAAUGUGCAGAUCUUGGAUAAGCAAGUCUUAAUGUUUGGUGCAGUGGGGGCCUUUGACUGGUCUGGUGGAAUUCUGCUGUAUGAUCUGGCAACCAAGACUGCUGUUUUCCUGAAUGAAUCUAAAGAAGAAGCCAAAAAAGCAAAAUACAGUUACCUAGGGUACAGUGUGGCAGUGGUACACACAGAAUAUGGACCCUUGUACGUGGCUGGAGCUCCACGACACAGCAUGAGAGGGAAGGUGUUGGUGUUUCAGGACAACCGCUUAAAACAAACCCUGCAAGGAGAACAGGUUGGAUCUUAUUUUGGAUCUGAGCUCUGCCCACUUGAUGUGAACCAUGACGGGGUGACAGAUCUUCUCCUUGUUGGAGCUCCAUUUUAUCACAUUCGAGGGGAAGAAGGAAGGGUUUACGUCUAUCGCCUGGAGACAGAGAGUGGUUCAUUCACCUUGAAAGGACACUUAAACGUGCAGGGGACCUCUCCUUUUGCAAGGUUUGGGUUUACUGUGGCCAGCAUUGGAGACAUCAAUGGGGAUGGAUAUGAGGAUAUUGCAGUUGGAGCCCCUCUUGAAGAUCAGCUUUCAAACAGUUCCGCUUUUGGCAGCAUUUACAUCUUUAACGGUGAUAAAGACAAGAUCAAGAGCUCUUUUUCUCAAAGAGUAAAAGCCUCUGAAAUUUCUUCAGGACUCCAGUAUUUUGGACAAUCCAUUGAUGGUGGCUUUGAUUUCACUAAUGAUGGUCUCCCAGAUAUUACAGUAGGAUCACUGGAGAACGUGAUUGUGCUCCGCUCAAGACCAGUUGUCCACUUUCUCACCAGCAUGAGAUUCAACCCUGAGAGAAUCCUAAUUUUACAAAAUAACAGCAUUGUUACAGCAAAACUAUGUUUCGAUACAAUCUCAGCUUUACCAGUGUCUCAACAAGUGUUUUCACAGUUAUACAUUCUCUACACGGUGGACUUAGAUGUGAAAAUGGCAAAGAGGAGAGUACAGUUUGAAGAUCAGAACACCACAACAAGUGGAAAGCUGUUGGUCAGCAAGCACAUGUGCUCUGAGCUGCAGCUUUACACACUGCCAUGUGACUUUGACUGCUUUUCCAGUGUUUUUCUGAGAGUUAAACACGAGCUCUAUAAGAAAAAUGAUAACAUAGAAUUUGCUGUUCCUGUGCUGGAUAGAUACCAGCCAUCAGAAAUGCAUUUUCAGUUGCCUUACAAGAAGGACUGCAACAAGACCAUCUGUACUGCUCAUUUAACUUUGACAACUCAGAUUCAAAAGGAAUUAGUGGUGGGCCACACUAAAGAAGUGACCAUGAAUGUUUCAUUAACGAACAGUGGAGAUGACUCGUACAUGACAGCUAUGGUCUUGAACUAUCCCAAAAACCUACAUUUUAAGAAGGUGACUGUUGAGCCAUCCUCUCCUGCUAUUCACUGUAGCCAACCAAUACCAUUAACUUCUGUAGUCUUAUCCUGUAACUGCAGAAUUGGGCAUCCAGUAUUCAAGACAACAACUGCAAAAUUUUCAGUGAUUUGGCAAUUAGAUGAAAGCCUGUUCCAAAAUAACUCUGCAAUCACCAUUAAUAUCACCAACAUAAAUGAAAAUAGCACCAUUCUGACUGAAGAACAUGUCCUUGAUGUCAGAUAUGCAUUCACUGCAGUCCUUACCAAACCAGUUUCUUUAAUGUACGUGAAUGUUAGCAAAGGACUUCUUGAAAACAAAGAAUUCAGAUUUAAUAUAAACGGAGAAAAUCGCUUUAAUGCUACCAUCAAGUUACAGAUUUGGGUUCCUAUCAGUAUACAAGGUCACAACAUAAUAACGGUCAAAAAUGCAUCAGGAACACAGGAGGCGACCGAGUGCGAGGUCAGCGAUGAAGCGGUGCCGGAUCUCCGGGAGUAUUCCGGCGGCACAGAAUUAGAGGGCGUUCGGGACGUGCGGUAUCAGUACGUGGGCUGCUCUGUCCACACCGACGGGGACAACAUCACCGUGACCGCAGAACUGUCUUUGAACAACUCGCACCAGUUCUUAAAAAGCAGAACUGUUCUGCUGGUCCAUGGAAAAAUCACCUUCAACAGAGAGCUAUAUCUGGGGCUGAAAGAAGAGAAUCAUAAUGCUGAGAUUACUCUUGUCCUCCUGAAAGACGAAGUGUUUCAUCCCUUGCCUGUUAUCAUAGGAAGCUGUGUUGGUGGACUUCUUUUGCUGGCGUUCAUUAUUCUGCUCCUCUGGAAGUGUGGCUUUUUCAAAAGAAACUAUAAAACUAUGAUGGAGCAAGAAGAUACCUCCUGAAGACCGAGCUGGCUGAAGCAGAAAGCUCUGUAUUCUUUCACCGUCUUUUUGGAAAAAAGAGAGAGUCUCUCUUUGCCAGAGUCAAAGUCUGGCUAAGAUGCAAAAUAAUUUCUAUUCCCUGGUAGAGUUAUGGCACUCCAGAUCUUGGGACUCUCCCAGACUGCUGUUUUGACCAUAAGGGCCCAGCUCUUUUGGGCAAUCCAGUUGCCUGCUUGUUUAAUUCCAACUGACUGUUUAUCAUAGAGGGACUGCCUGGUAUUGAUAAACUGGACUCCUCAUGAGAAAUUUUGCUUUAAUGUAGAUAUGCUAGGAAAAAUUCAUCUUGGAGCCUGUUAGAUUUAUGUAUCAGAUUGCAGUCUUAGUUGCUGGGAUGCUGAGUGGUUCUUAAAUUGAUUUUAGUACUGAGUAGCUUCAGAAUAGAUUGAAAUAGAAAUGGAUUAGGGGAAGCUUCCCAUCCUGCUAUUGCUAAUGAAAAUGGAGAGACAAGCAUUUUGCAUAUACAUUUAUAUACAUAUAUAUGUGUGUGUAUAUAUAUACACAAAUUUGUGCAUUUUAAUACAGUAAAGUAUGUCCCUUGAUGUCUCUGGUUCUUGGAAUCAGAAGCGUGUGUAUGUGGCAAUUAGUUUUUUGUACCUCGCAAUCUUAUUUCUGAUUUUCCAUUUUCAGUUGCUUUCAAAUGCUGAUUUGGUCACAAAUAAAAACUUGUAUCAUGGACCUCAUUGCCAGUUCAGACAGACUCCUCCUAUGUCAGGAGAUAUUUCCCCAAGUUAGUGUGGUUCAUCACACCUGAAUCGAGGGCACAGCCGAGCAGUGAGCUGCAGUGUUGACCACAGCAGUGUUGCCAUCCUCCCUGGUGCAUGUGUGACAGAAAUUAGUGUGAAUCAUGAGCAAUCUCACUUUAUCAGCUGCAGAUUAUCAGUAAUUGCAGUUUACAGGGUUUGGGGAAAGAAGUGCCUAGCUGAGCCCAGUGGCUGGCUUUAGCCAGUGCCAGGUGUUUUCUUUCCUGAGCCAUGAAAUGAUCUCGGGUCCCCUCAGGUGUUUGCUGUUUCCAAAGGAGAACAAGUACAGAUACUUGGUGCUCUUCCUCUCUUUGGCUUUGUCCCUAAUUGUGUAGUUGUUUUAUUUCUGUUGUGUUUGGCUAACUGUAAACCCCACAAAUCUAAUGUGUGUUUACACCCAGCAGUAGAUUAAACAAAGAUUUUUCAUUCAGACCCUUGGAAGGCAAAACAGUUCCUGUCUCCUUCGGCUUAACCAAUACUGCCUGAUGGAAAACUAAAGUUAACAAGCAAACUGUGGCCUUCAUUGAAGUUUUCUUGUAAAAUUCCAGUCUGGUACCCAGGUAGUGCUAUUAAUACAUGUCUUCAAAGCUAUUGCAGGGAUCGGCUUCCUGACGGGAUGGGCAUCCUGCAGGCUGUAGAAGCCUGGGUAUGUCCUAGCUCUAAAUUUGGCUGCCAAACAGGCAGCAGUUAAAGGUGCUAAGCACACUGGCCUGCCUGCUUAGGACAAAAGUAAGAGGUACCACAGCAAGAUACUGUUUGAGUAAUAAUAGGGUCCUCGUGUGACUUCCAGCAGUACAAGAGAGAGGUGCAGAGAUCUCACAGUGGCAUCCAGCUCAAUCAGCAGCUGCAGUCAUUCUUCUGGCUUGGAUUUCUUUCUCUCUCUCCCUCCACCCCCCAGCUGGUUGUAGAGUUCCUUGGAGCUGCAUACAGAGAGUGAGUCACUCCAAAUCUGCUUACAAGUGCCAGGGAUUGAGGAAAUGAGACUUCCUAGGUGAGAGCUCAGAAAGGAAAUGUGUGUCUGAACCAAAGAACCACCUGUGUCAGGUUUUUUGUCAUAACAGGUCUGUACUAUUUGGAAAGAAAUGUGCUUUGCCUGGUCUGAAUAGCUUUAUUGUCACCCCCCUUUGUGUAAAUCCUCUUUUUUGUAGUGUUUUAAAUUGAAUCUUCUUUGAAAAUAAAUUCUUGCAAGAGAA